UGUAAUUAAAGUCAUUAUGGGCUAGUGUUAAAAACACUUAUUUUCUACAUUCGUAUAGUUGAAUCACACUAUAAAAGGAUAAACAAUAUAAGACCACACAGAAAACUAUGCAUUGGUACGGAAUCCUCCAAGGAUUCCUCCUGGCAAUAACAUCGAUAUUCAUUUUAUGGGUACAAGGAGUCGUUGGCUUGCCACUGGCUACACCCGAUCUGGAGUCACUUCCGAUCGUCACGGCAGAGAAUGUUCCGGUGGAGAGGGCUCCAAGGCAAGUCAAACCAGAUACGUCGACUUUCGAUAUUUUCAAGGAGGAUCGAACCUCCAAUAACCAAAUGCAGCAGAAAUCCGACGGCUUUAGAGUGUUCGGAAAGAAACUACAGGACAAUUAUCACCGUAGAACUGGCUACAAUGAAACUAAUGCGCCACCAGUUACUGUGACCAGAAGAAGCACUACUGCUCCUAAGAAAAUCCAUAAAAGUGGUAUACGACUAUUUGCUUCUCCACAAGAACCACCUCCGCCUGAAGCUGCGGCGCCAGCUGAUGGAGCUCCACCAGCGGCAGGAGGAGCUGGAGGAGGUGCCGGCGGAGGAAAAGGUGGUGAACCACCCAAAGAACUGACCGUCAGUGUUCAAGCAUUCGUUACUAACCAAUAUGGGGAGAAGGAGUACAAUGCUUGGGGCGUCACUUUUGGUAAACAUUUCUUUGACACCCGUUUCGUCGCUAGGCAUGAAAUGCCUCGGAUGACUGUGAAUCCGAAACCGCCCCGUAAUUACUAUCCAAAAAUGGAGAAUCUGACCACAGUCUGCUUGAACAGAUCGACCAUCUACAACGAGAUUAAGGUCGAGAAGUGGCUGAUGCGCCACGUCUACAGCAUAAAGAAGAAAGUGCGCCCCUUCUUUUUCUCCCUGCGCCAGCAGCUCUACGAGAAAGGGGAUUCGGAGCAGUGCCACAAUGAGUCCUACACUGACUGGUUGGAGUACCAGGAGUGCGCCAUUAGACGCAACCAGCGCAUGGAGUACUUCAUCCCCAAGUAUCCGCAACACCAACUUGCCAUUAACUAAAUGCAUCCACAUCUGUCUUGGACUCACUCAAUGUGUUUAAAUUCCAGUUAAAUUCAUGAUCAAUCUUCAUACGAUAUCAAGUGAUUUUCCUUUUCAUUAAAAUGUAAAUUCAAAAAUUUUAUUGAUUA